AUGCUCCACGCGACGGGCACAUGCCGCGCAUACGCGCACUUAUUCCCGAAGACCCUCAAAGCCGCACCACCAACCACGCGCGCAUACUGCACCCCCCAGCUAUUCACCCACCGAGCUUGUCUACGAUCCCAGACGAUAUCCACCAGACAACCUCCAUACCAUACACCUCCAACCAAGCGCACAUUCUCCUCAACCCACCACAGCCACUACCAAAGACAAUACCAAUACAACCGAUUCCAAGGCCCGCGCCAACAACUCCUCUACCGGCUCAUCCAGAAUGCAAAACCGCACCAUUUCGUCAUUAUUGGCGUCGGAAUAUCCGGUGUCUAUAUAUAUAACACGGAGACUGUCGAAAUAACAGGUCGACGGCAAUUCAACUUCAUCUCUCGCGUCCAAGAACUCAAAAUGGGCGAAGAGAGUUACCGUGAGAUCCUCGCUUCUGAGCGCGGGAAGGUUCUGUCUGAUACACAUCCGCUGACUCGUAUGGUCAAUGGUGUGUUGCAGAGGUUGAUUCCACAGGCGGAGGUUGAGGGCGCUGAGUGGAGGGUUCAUGUUAUUGAUGAUCCUAAGAUGGUCAAUGCUUUUGUUCUUCCUGGUGGGAAAGUAUUUGUCUAUACGGGUAUACUGCCUGUUUGCAAAGAUGAAGAUGGCCUAGCUGCUGUUCUAGGACAUGAGAUUGCACAUGUUGUAGCUCAUCAUCCUGCAGAGCGUGUGAGCAAUAGCUUCCUUACACUUGGGGCUGUUUUUGCUGUCUCGUUCUUGUUUGAUGUUUCCGGACACUUUUCUUCUUUUCUUUUGAAUCUUAUGUAUAGCUUGCCGAAUUCGCGGACGCAGGAGGCUGAAGCAGACAACAUCGGACUUAUGAUGAUGUCCAAAGCCUGCUUUGACCCUAGAGCAGCUGUUGAAUUAUGGGCUCGCAUGCACGAACAGGAGAAACAGGCUCCGCCACAGUUCAUGUCCACUCACCCAUCGAGUUACAAUCGAAUGGAAGCUAUUCAAGGAUGGCUUGACAAGGCUGAAGCAAUAUACGACGAGAAUGGGUGCAGGGCUACCCAAGCAUAUAGUCUCCUUUCUGAGGUGAAAUGGCCAGAUCUAUGA